CUUGCUGUUGCCAUAAACACGUCAUCUCCUCGGGCUUGCACACAUGUGCCUGUAGAUGCUAGAGUGGUAAAGAAAGAUUCGACUCAGAGGCACUGCUGUCGGAGUUUAUAAUCUCCUGAUCAGAUCCGCAGUGCUUCCUCUCUGGUAGAUUUACUGCAGGCAGGCAGGCAGGGCUGAGCAGAGUUCUGCAGACUCCUCAUCGCUGAACAACAGCAGAGUGAGGCUAUAAUAUAAACCAGUUUUCUACCAGCAUCCAGCGUGGAGCAUGUAUCUCACUUAACACAUUACGUGCCAAAUUCAUUUUUCUAUUAGAAAAUCUGAACACAAGCUGGAUUUCUGUAAUGUGAUACAUUCUAAAUCAAAGGAAAUAAAAGGAAAUCCUUCGUUUUGGCUGCAAGUAAUUGCAUCAGCCUUGUGGACCUGGCUUUUUCUGCAGGGCUGAUUCGGGGCUGCAUGUUUUUUUUUAAGCUGUCAGUGAGAAAGGGGAAGUUUGGGUUGCGUUACUUUUCAGUUUCCUGUAAAGGGUUCAAUGAGGAAGCUGAGAGGAGCUGAUCUGAAACUCAAACUCUGAAACCCAGCCUGCUUGCAGAGCUGCUUGGGGUUGUUAUCAGGGAAGGCUGGGCUGUCCUGUCUGUCUGCCUGCACUCAGUCUUGAAGUGAGAUUGGGGCUCGUGUAUUCAGAGCUUCGUUCAAGACUUCAGCACGGGCUGCUUGGGGAUUAAUAACUUGAUAACCUGGAGCUUGUAGUUCUGGUCUUGUACUGCACGUUGAUCAACUUGUGGGAUUGUAGAAGCACUCUUAUCAAACUCAUCGCAAUUCCUUCUUGAAACUCGCUGCCGAUGGUUCCUCCUGGCUGAGGGAGAAUGGACUGCAGUCAGGACUCGGUUCAGAUCGGACAGAAUAAGUACAUCGCCAAAAGUGAACUUUUGUCACAUUUGAAAACCUACAACCUGUACUAUGAGGGACAGAACCUGCAGCUGCGACACAGAGAGGAGGAGGAGGAGCUGAUAGUGGAGGGCUUAUUAAACAUCUUCUGGGGGCUGCGCCGGCCAAUCAGAUUGCAGAUGCAAGAUGACAACGAGCGAAUCAAACCGCCCCCUUCCUCCACAUCCUGGCACUCGGGCUGCACGCUGGACGCACAGAAGCCUGAGAGCACAGAGUGGGAAACGCCCACUAUCCAGAUCACAGAGCCAGAGAGCCAAUCGGAAGAGAGCAGUUCUGUCGCCGAGGAGAACAAUGCAGGCUUGACAGAGUGUGAAGAGGAGGACUCCCCUCAGCUCCUCCGUACAAAGAGUGAUGCGGGCGUGUGGAGGAGGGGCAACCGCCGGACCCCCAGCGACCAGAGACGACUCAAACGCCACAGAUUCUCCAUCAACGGACACUUUUACAACCACAAGACGGCAGUCUUCACUCCUGCGUUUGGUUCCGUGACGAACGUGCGGAUCAACAGCAGCAUGACAACGCCUCAAGUGCUGAAGCUGCUGCUGAACAAAUUCAAGAUUGAAAACUCUCCUGAUGAAUUUGCCCUGUACCUGGUGCACACCAGUGGAGAGCGGCAGAGGCUGAUCCUGACAGACUACCCCCUGGUUGUGCGAGUGCUGCAGGGCCCCUGUGAGCAGGUCAGCAAGAUCUUCCUGAUGGAGAAGGACCUGGGCGAGGAGGUCACCUACGACGUGGCUCAGUACAUCAAGUUUGAGAUGCCAGUGCUGCAGAGCUUCAUCACCAAGCUGAAGGAGGAGGAGGACCGCGAGGUUCAGAAACUCAAGACAAAGUACACGGCCAUUCGCUCCAUGAUCCAACAGAAGAUCCAGCACCUAGGCGAUGGGCCGACCUCCAUGUAACCUCCACCCUCACCCCCCCCCCCCCCCCCCACACGAGAGAGGGGGCUUGUUUCUGUGCCAGCCAGCCAGCCAAGGGCAAAGAUCACCGUGGCACAGAGCCUGCUGGCACUGUGCCCUGCUCCGUCCUCCAUUUGAAUCAAUGCACUUUCUCUGUGUCCCAGCAAGCAAUACUGAAUGUAUGUUUAUGUAUAGAAUCGACAGCUCUCCACCUGUCCAGCCUGCACGUUUUUUGUUUGUUCCUGCAGUUUGAGGUUUAGCGUGAGUCAUCUUUAUCUAACGCUGUCCAGGACGCUUGGAGAUCGAUCUCCUGCUUUCUGCUAGCGAGCCUCCGUCCUGACCGGGGCUGUCAGACAAGGGUCUCCGUUUAAACCAGGAUGAACCCAGACUGCUCCAGAUGGAAACCAACAGGACUGAUUUCCAGCCCACUUUCAACUCGGUACCCAGUGGAGAUGGAACCAAGGCAAUAGCACCCCAGUGUUGAAGUCCAGAUUGUGACGCAUGUCUGUUGUUCUACUGGCGCUGUAGCAGAGCUUGAAGAUGUCAUUUCUAACCUGCUGUGCGACUGAUGCCCAUGUGGACAGUAGGACCCCGUUUCAAAAGAAGAGGAGGAAUCUUCUGUCCUGACCAGCUGUCCCGGAUAAUCCAGAAGCUGCUCAGCACAGCAAACCCAACAAAGCAAUUAAAAACUCUCCGUACGGUGUCUACAUCGUCAAAGCACUUGAACAUAGACUGUAGGGAGCUGGACAUAUAAUUAGAAGCAAUGUGUAGCUCACACAAGUCAAAAUAAUCCCUUAACGUUAGUGAUCUGUGGUGCAUAAGUGCUCUGUAUAAUAUAAAAGCUGCAUCUCCCUGUUCACAAUCAGUCACAGUGAGGCAGCGAGGUCCGACAGGCUCGGAUAGCAGGGGCUUGGUUGGUAGGUGCUUCUGUAGGCCAAAUGGCACAAAUUACUCAGAAAAAAACGGCCUGUUGACAGUGUUAUGGCAGGUGUUCCUAAUUUUGUGUCCAAGCCCUUGUAUAUUUGAAGCACAAGGAUAAAGCAGAGUGACGGAGUGUUGUUUUUGCGGUUUGAAGUGUUUAUUUUUGGCGUUCUCUGUUAGUUGGAGCAGUCUGUGCCAGCACAUGUUAUCGCCAGGUGUUAUGUUCAUUAUUGCCUGGCUAAUUUAAAGCCUGAAUGACCCCCUAAUAUUGCAUGGGGAGCGCUUUGUUUUGGGAGAUAAUUCAAUUUGCUUUUUAACUGGAUGGUAAAAUUUAGGGGUAUUAUAAGUUCAUUCAGUCAUCGGCAAACGCACAGCAUUAAAAAAAUAAUAAUUCUGGCAUCUCAUUUUCCAACCAUUGCACUAUAUUAGUUAUAUCUUGAACGGUGCAUCCAAUUGUGUUGAAACUUGGUAGGGACAUUCCUUAGCAGUUCUUGGGGGUAUCGGAUGCGGUAGUUUUGACUGUGAAUGUUCUGACCGCUGAUUGACUGAGCUUGGCUGUACCUUGAGAGUCACUUUGUUUGGUCUUGCAGCACUCCUCGGAGCUUCUGUCCAGUGAAAAAGUUCAAAGAAUUCGGCAACCACAUUCAUCGUUUUAAAAUUUGCUUUUAAAAAUGUCUCUUUUUUUUUAAAAAAUGCAACCAGUAAGAUCAUCUAUUUUACAUGUUGAAGUGUCUGCAAUAAAUAACUCCUGUUUUUAA